GCGUGCCUGCGCGUGCACGCUCGGGUCUGUGAGCGAGCAGUGCGUGUGCACGUCACGGGCAUGCCCAGCCCCACCGCCAGGGGGCGCACUGGAGGCAGCAGAGGCGGGGAGCCACACGUGGCUGGAGCCGCGCAGGCGUCGUCGUGGGCGACGCCUGGGAGGGAGGCGAGCGGCCUCGUGACUGAGGGCGCAGGCCUUGCUCACUCCCACUCAGUAUGCUGUCCUGGCCGUGCGCGCCCCAGGGCGCGAGCGACGGGGGCAUGGCGGAGGUGGGCGUGGAGGAGGGAGGCAGGGAGGACGCAGAGGAGCCUGGGGAGGAGGAGGACGUGGAGGAGCAGGAUCCGGGAGAGGAGGAGGAGGAGGACGCGGAGGAGCAGGGAGAGGUCGCCGAGCAGCACGAGCAGGGCGGCGGGCAGAGCCCGGCCCGGAGCCCUGGGGAGCCGGCGGACGCAGCUUGGGCACCGGCCAGCCUCCAUCUCCAGGCCUCCAGCCCCUUGCACUCGCGGGCCGGGCCCUGGGUCCAGCAGGAGCUGCUGCCGCGCUGCCCCCCACAUCUGGUGACUGGGCAGCCCCCAGCAAGUCCAGUCCCACCUGCCCCUAAGAUGACGUGGGAGGUGACCUCUUCAAGGACGGCUGUUCUGUCACCGUGGGACCCUAACUAUGAGUCUAAAACAAGAUCUCAUCUGACUUGGGGGCCCGGCUGUGGGUCAGGUGCCUCCUUCUCUAACCGGACCAUGUGUCAUCCUUCUUUCUACCCCUUGUACGAGGCAGCUGGCAGGGGGUACCCUCAGCCAGUGCCUCCCGGAAGGCAUCAUCAUAAUGGACAAUCCAUGCCCAGGGAUGCAGGAGUCCCAGUGAUGUGUCGGGAAGACUUCUUUCUCUUGGAUCCUCUGCUGCCACAUGGACAGCGUGUUCCUCUGUACCUGGCUGAGCCUCCUCAUCAGGCCAUGGGCCCCAUGAAGCUGCUGCUCCUGCCACCUGUCAUGACCCCCUGGGUAUAUCCCUCUGCACCCCAGGGCAGUUCCACCACAGCCUGGCUCAGCGGGCCGGAGCUGAUUGCCCUCACCGGCCUGCUGCAGAUGAGCCAGGGAGAGCAGAGACGCAACCUUGCAGAGGUUCCCUUGGCCUCCACCAGCCUUCCAGAGCCCAACUCCAACCCUCAGGAGACCAGUGGUCAUCAGAGCUGCUGUGAUAGCACCAGCCCGUCUGUCACUCAGGGUCCAGACUCUCACUGUUCAUAAUGCACCCACCCCCCACCCCCAGCUAGUGCAGUUUCCUCUUGCCUAGCCUGAUAU